AGAAGAAGAGCUAACAUGGCGGGCCGAACCGCUGUAGGGGCGGCGGUUAGAGCAGUCAAUAAACCGAGGAAAUUUGCCGCUAGAAGAGCUGCAAUUACACUAACACCUGCUGCUGUACAAAAACUUAAGUCACUGUUCACACCAGAAACAGAAAAUCCUGCUUUAAGAAUUGGUGUCAAACAAAAAGGUUGUAAUGGCCUCACUUAUACAUUGGAUUAUGCCAAUGAAAAGGGAAAGUUUGAUGAGGAGGUCAGUCAAGAUGGUGUAAAGAUUUAUAUUGAUUCCAGGGCACAAUUAUCACUGCUAGGAACAGAAAUGGACUAUGUAGAAGAUAAGCUUGCCAGUGAAUUUGUGUUCAAUAAUCCCAACAUUAAAGGAGUUUGUGGAUGUGGGGAAAGUUUUCACUUAUAGAAUUGCGAAAUUGGAGAAUUUGGUAAAGUCACCAGAAGCCAUCUUGUUUUAGUACCAGCUGUUCACAAUAAUGUUGGAGUAUUUGUCUUUUCCUGCCAAAAAAAGGAGGGCAUUAUCUGGUUUGAAGAAUAUUUGACACACUUUGAAGAUGUCAGUUAUAAAACUGAUAUUCCGAACUACCUAACUUACACUUAUGUUGCUUCUGCCGUUUAGUGUUAAUAUGGAUAUUUUUUGUAACUCUGAUCACCUCUCAAAAAAAUUCAGUUGAUACCACAAGAGGAAAUUACUGCUACUUUUGAAGAGAAGAGGGUUAAAACUUAAAUUUCAGCUACAGGCAUGAGGCUGUCCAUACACCUAUACCUUUCUUAGUGAUCAACUUCUGGAGACUUAAAGAAGAUUUCUAAGAAAAAAUAGUUUCUCUUUAUUUAUCAACAUUACGUCUCAUGUAAGUAUUGUGGGCUGAAUACAGACAAACUUUGGUGUAAAUAAUUUGAGAAUACUACUGUGGAAGUUUUGUUCUUCUUUUUGUUCAAGAGGGUGGGGUGGAAACCCAAACUGUGCUAACAGACUGAGGAGGUUUCUCUACUUUUCUAUGUGGAUGGGUGUUGCAGUCAUGCAGACAGAGGGAAUUACUUACAUCAAUCAAACCUGAAGAGCCCAUGUGAACUCAAAGUUAAAACAAAAAACUCUUAGUUUUGCAUCUGAUUGGCUGUGUGCUGUAGGUUUUCUGGACCAGUCACAUAGUGAAGUAAAGCAAAACAAAACCAGUGAACCAAACCAAACCAGUCACUAAGUACAUUUAACCCUUUCACUCCCAAGAUCUGAUUGUUAAUUCUCUCUUCUUGCUGCUAGAAAAUUCCUGGUAAAUAAGUUAUGAGAAUUUAGUGUAAUAUCAAGAUAAAAAUUUCUUCCUGAUAAGUUUUAGUAUUCUUUUAACUGUUUGCUGGAAAAUGUAUGGAUAUAAUUGGAAGAAGUUACAUGUUGGUCACUUCUGAGAGACAGAUGAUGGCAGCAAUAAACUAAAUGGGUAACUAGAGUUUUAAAACAUCUUUAAUGAAUCUAUGGUUUGCUUCAAAAUUAUGUGCCUUUAGGCUCAAAACAAUGUUAUUUAUGACUCAACUAUAACAAAUCUACAGUUUCUUAAAAGCUGAAUGUAAACAUGUACCACUUACUUAAAAAAAGUUUGGGUUGAAGCCCUGCAACCAAUCAAAUAGUGCUAACAUGUCGUGAGCAGAUGUAGGGCUUCAAGAGCAAGAUGCUGAACAAUACAUCAAGUUUUAGUCAUGUCCAUUGACGAAUCAUCACAUUCCAUGAGCUUUGAGAGCUUGCCAUUGCAUUUCUCCAAUCUAUCUUGAAGCUUCUUGGGUUCAAGUCAAUGUUAAUUGUCAAUUGUUUACAGCACACCACAAAAGCUGCUAUUUUGUUGUGGGCAAUCACAGCAUUUCUUUCAAUAAGUUUCACUUUUUUGUCACCAGCCCCUUGUGAGAGGACUUUCAGUUAGUAAUACAGGACCUACCUCUUUGUAAAGUUGAGCACAAAUAGCAAAUUAUUUCACCCAAAACCAAAGGCAGGAAAAUGCAACAACCCAAAUACUCUCCAGCAUUAAAAUGGUUUUUAUCUGGAUCAGUUCCAAGUAGAAUGAAGCCCAUUUGUUUGAAAGACUCCUUUAUGAUACCACACUACAAUAACUUGGAUUUCAUAGGAUUUAACCAUUUCUCCUCACUUGGCAAAUAAAAUACCUGGUGAUUCCAAGGGUUGAUGCAUUACAGGGCCAUAGUUCUUGUUUUCUCACUGUCCAUGGAAGUAGAUGGUACAGUGUCUCCACCCCAGGAAGAUCCAUUCUUAGGUUCAUAUGGAGACACAGCUUUCAAGUAGUUUAAAAAAUUAUUGCUCCUUGGCUGCAAUUUUAAUUAGAAGCAGGCUCCAAGAAAAUAGUUGGUCAUUGUACAUUCAAUGCUACUGCAUCAUAGCAAUUGAUGAAUAUCAAGAUGAGCACAGUGCAAAAACAAUGCCCCAUGACUGCACGCAAAAAAAUCACUAACAGGCUACACUGCCGCCAAGUCUCUUGUAAAGCCUUGAUGGCAAGUCUAGGCUGGUUUUGAUCCGAAUGACUAACUCAUAAUCAUUUCUAGUUAAUGACAGUUUUCCCUGCCAUUAACUUCCUUGAUCUAAUACCCUGCAUUGCAGCUGUGGCAUGUUUUGUCCUGUGUGAAAUCUCAGUUUUGUUUUCAGUAUUCUCCUAUGUAAAGUGUAGGUAGUAAUCAGUCCAGACAGGUGCAUCACAGACUGCAGCAUGUAAAAGCUACAUGUAGUCUUCUGGUGAAGUGGGUUCACUUUUCAUAAAGUGACAACUCUGUUAACUAUCAAUGUUCCAAAACAACUGCACAACAAAAGAGAUGAGCAGUUUGGAACUUAACAGAAGAUGUCCAGCUCUGAUGAAUCCAGUGAUCAUAUUUUUCAAUUACCCUUGUUCCAUCACACAUGCUGGUUCACUGUGAUGUAAAAAAUAAUUGCAGUAGUUUUUAUUCUCCUCAUCUUUCAGCCAAGGUUUGACACCAGCUGUUGUCAAUAGUAUGUAACUCCAAUCCAUUAUAGUUCAGCUCAACAACGUUAAGGUAAAGUACAUGUAUCCAAUCCAAUAAACUCUCAAUAACGCUAAACUGAAACCAAGUAACCAAUGUAAAAACUGUAUUCAUGCCACUUGAUGGCAUGUAACAGAACAAUAGCAAAUAAUCCAAAGAUGCAAAAUCACCACUCUUCUUCCUCUGUACCACCAGCUGAAGACCAGGCAGCAGUGCCAUUAAUCUGGCUGGUUUGAGUAUUAGCUUCCUCACUAUUCCACUCUCCUCCCCAGCCAUCACUGUUGCCAAACUACCACAAAGAUCAAAACAAAGGUUUAAGACAUUGCUAAGCUAUAAAAAUUAGAAUUCCUAACUACUUAUCUCUGUUUGCAGUGGGAAACUGCACUGAAUAUAAACAAGAAACUCCUAACAUCUUGAUGACAUUAUUUACCUAGAACAUUCUGAGGCAAAAAAAGGUGAUAAACAAUUGAUAUAAUGUAAUAAUAAAAAUGUACAUCUUG